CUUUUGCCGACAGCACUAGGCAUACAAAUGGUUAACAAAUCCAUAUCACAAAAAAUGUCAUUCUUUAAAUGGUAAAGUCGGUUAAUAAUAUGAUUGAUACCCCUUUUGUGAAAUCAAAGGAUUUUCACAGGAUCUUGAUUCCCACUUUUUGUCUUAUGUAUGAACUUCUUUGCAGCUGUUGAAGCAGAAACCUGUUUUGAAAGUUUGGUGGUUGGUCAAGGACAAAUCUUGGAUCCCUUUUGGGUAUGAACUGAGGAUUUGGGGUUUUCUAUAUAUGGAUUUGGUGUGGAAAGGUGAUUGCUUUUUGGGUUAAAUUUAUUUGAUGAAGUGAGGAUUUGGGGUUUUCUAUAAAUGGUUUUGGUGUAGAAAGGUGAUUGCUUUUUUGGGUUUGCUGAAUCUUGGAUCAUGGCGGUUCCAUGGAGUACAACACUGUGGAUGGCUAAGCUGGUGUGGAUGGCAUUGAGUGGUUGGGUAGUCUCUUGCUUGACUAUUGCUGAUGAGGUUGCUGCCUCUUUUCGAACUGGUGAUAUUGGUCCUUUUCAUGUUGGUUGAGUUAUAUUGUACAGAAACAUCAUCUUCUCCUUUGUUUGUGAAUUGUUGCUUGCUUCUUACAGAUUUUGUAAAUUUAUGGAUAAAUAUCAUUUAAUGUAAGUUUUGGCAUCUGUUUUAGAAGAAUAUGGUUUUUCAGGUCACAGCGUCUUGAUAGAGCUGAAGCUUCAAGUACCAAUGUCUUUAGUACUUUAUCUGCAAAUAUUUCUGUUUUGGCAGCAAAAUGAUUCAGUUCUUGAUGAUUUGUGGGCUAAAUAGAUUACAUGAUAAGAAUACUACUAUGUAUUUCCUCUUAGAUAAUUCAUUUGUCGCAGUUACACCUGCAUCAUGUAUGUAAAAUGCAGCCAUAAUUCUGCUUUGGUGGUACAUUGAAUGGCUAUAAUGCAUAUUGCAAUUUGA